AUGGACCCAGAUACCCCCGCGCCCUCAGCGCCGCCCGGUGCGUUCAAUUACCUCUUGAGCUUUUUGCUUGUCGGGCUGGCAUGGGGUUUCACCACACCCUUCAUCCGCCGCGCAGCUGUGGACUUCAAUGCGCGGAAUGAAGGCAAGCAAGGCGACAUUCCAUCUGCAGAGGCCAGAGGGCCAUCGCUUCUCUCGCCAUCAUGGAUCAAAGAAAAGGCUGUAUCCGUGUUUUGGACGGUGGUGAAUCUCCUGCGUACGCCGGCGUACUCGGUACCGUUGCUGAUUAACCUGACGGGGAGCGUUUGGUUUUUCUUACUUGUUGGGAAACACGAGCUCAGUCUUACGGUUCCGAUAACGAACUCGACGGCGUUUUUGUUCACAGUGCUGGGGGAGUGGUAUGUUGAAGGCAAGGUGAUAUCCAAGGAAACCUGGCUGGGGAUGACUCUCGUCUUGGGUGGGAUUGCGCUAUGUGUACAUUCCAAGACCUGA